AUGACCACGUGGCUUAAUUGUUUGGAUACGUGUUUGAUAAUCUAAAUCAGAAGAGUAAGAAAAAUGUAUGAAAACGGGAUAAGCUUUAUAAUCUCUUUACUUAUAUGUGGAUGUGUGAAGAGUGAGGAGAUGAUGAAGCAACAUUUCGUGCUAGUACAUGGUUCGUGCCUCGGCGCGUGGUGCUGGUACAAGGUGAAGCCGCUGCUCGAGGCUUCGGGCCAUCGUGUAACCGCCUUAGACCUAGCUGCUUGUGGUAUAGACACAAGGUCGAUCACUGACAUUUCCACAUGCGAACAAUAUUCUGAGCCGUUGAUUCAGCUAAUGACUUCAUUGCCGAAUGAUGAGAAGGUUGUGCUCGUGGGUCAUAGCUAUGGAGGUUUGACUUUAGCCAUAGCCAUGGAUAAGUUUCCCGACAAAAUCUCUGUCUCUGUCUUCGUAACUUCUUUCAUGCCCGACACCAAAAACUCACCAUCGUUCGUCCUGGAAAAGUUUGCAAGCACCAUGACACCAGAAGAUUGGAUGGGCUCUGAGCUCGAGCCGUAUGUGGUCUUCAGCGCUGAGUUCACGAAGCACCGUAUCCUCCAACUUUCUCCUAUUGAAGAUCUUGAGCUUAGAUUGCUUCUAAAGAGGCCUGGUUCAUUAUUUCUUAAUGAUUUAUCGAGGAUGAAGAACUUUUCUGAAAAAGGGUAUGGAUCUGUUCCUCGAGCUUACAUUGUGAGCAAAGAUGACCACACCAUCUCGGAAGAAUAUCAACGAUGGAUGAUCGAUAACUAUCCGCCGAAUUUAGUGAUAGAGAUGGAAGGGACGGAUCAUUUGCCAUUGUUUUGCAAACCUCAACUACUAAGUGACCAUCUAUUGGCAAUCGCCGACAAAUUCUCUUAAAUAAUAUUUUGAUGAAAAUGUAUUUGGAGCUGCAAUCAAUCUCUUCUAAAGAGGCCUGGUUCAUUGUCUCUUAAUGAUACAUCAAGUGUGUGUUCUAAAAUUGAUAUUUCUAAAGGUUCAGAA